GACUGAUGAGAGCAAAGAGACGAAGGAGCUGUCAAAGACCAACAACCGUCGGAAAUGUUAGCCUGUGCGAUACAACAAAAAUACACUGUACUUCGCUCUUUUGUGGAAACCAGAACGACAGAGGCCGACUUUGAAUUCACUUUUUGAAAAUUCCGCCUUUGAGAAUUUGGACUUUUGAACCGUCGCGACGAGGAACUUGUUGUAUAUGUGUGUGUGUUCGUAGGCUCACAGGCUAAUGUCUGUUAGCUCUUCGCUCAGCUCGAGAGUUUUGUUGACAAACUAGCCCGUCCGCCAGUCAGCCAGCUAGCUGCGCUAUCAACUUUGCGGUUUCGGUGUUAGGUCGUCGUUUAAAAAAAAAAAAAAAAAAAAAAAAUUCAUGCCACCCGGUAAAAGCAUGGGACCCAGCUUGGACUAUACUUCCAAACAUCUACAUGACAUAAAAACAGGUCUCCAAGGAAUCACCAUACCUCUGUUAAACAUGUGAAGCCCUUAACUUAGUGGACGCCCCAGUUACAAACAACAAAAACUGGAUUAGUUAAAAAUCUUUUGGAUCCAUUCGGGAUUUGUGACCGGGGACUGAAAAGUCUAUGUGUGGACCAUAUUUUACCCACGUACCCAAACUGAGUCGAUGCUGUGCUGCCGUGAAACCAUCGGCACCAUUAAAUCAAACUAGUCCUCUUGUCAUGUGGGUACAUUACAGAAAAAGGCCCAUAUUACCCUCACUGGUAUCACCAUCUUUCACGUCACCAUGGAUCGGAAUAAACGCAAAUCUAUCGCUGGGUUUCCUAUGCGACCUGAACGCGGACUGAAUGAGGACAGAGAUGGUAUCGGAGGGGUAGGGGUCAGCGAGAUGGGAAUGGGCCCUCCUUCACAGGUGGGCAGGGUGUGGCCGUCAUCCUACAGAGCCCUGAUCAGUGCCUUCUCCUGUCUAACACGCCUUGAUGACUUCACCUGCGAGUGGAUUGGCUCUGGGUUCUUUUCUGAUGUCUUCAAGGUACGUCAUCGAGCUUCAGACCAAGUUAUGGCUCUGAAGAUGAACAAGCUCAGCAGCAACAGAGCGAACAUGUUGAGAGAGGUCCAGCUAAUGAACCGGCUGUCACAUCCAAACAUCCUCAGGUUUAAAGGAGUGUGUGUCCAUGAAGGCCAGCUUCAUGCUUUGACAGAAUACAUCAAUGGUGGAAACCUGGAGCAGCUUCUAGACAGCAACAAACACCUGAGUUGGCCCACCAGGGUGAAAUUAGCCUGUGACAUCGCCAGCGGUCUGGCCUACUUGCACUCCAAAGGCAUAUUCCACCGGGACCUCACUUCCAAGAACUGCCUGAUCAAAUGUGAUGACAGCAGCUACACAGCAGUGGUGGGAGACUUCGGCCUCGCAGAGAAGAUCCCUACAAAUCUUGCUGAAGGAGAGAAGCUUUCAGUUGUUGGCUCUCCUUUCUGGAUGGCUCCCGAGGUGUUGAGAGAUGAACCCUACAAUGAGAAGGCUGACGUCUUCUCCUAUGGGAUAAUCCUGUGUGAAAUCAUCGCGAGGAUCCAGGCCGACCCGGACUUCCUUCCUCGCACAGAGAACUUUGGCCUGGACUAUCACACAUUCCAACACAUGGUUGGAGACUGUCCGCCUGACUUUCUCCAGCUGGCCUUCAACUGCUGCAAUAUGGAUCCUAAACUCCGUCCAUCCUUCCAAGACAUCAUCAGGCACCUGGAGGAGAUUCUCGCCCACCUUAAAGUUAAAGAGAUGGAGCACGAGUGUGUCCCGCACGGCAGAGACAAUGAAAAGAAGACCAUCCCCAAAGGUGAGAAGCUCCAGGGCUUCAAGCGACUGAAUCCUCUUGGCUUCCAGAAUGAUAAAAUCCCUCCCAAAUCGCCUCGCCCCAGACGAAACAUCUGGCUCAGCCGCAGCCAAUCGGACAUCUUCUCCUGGAAGCCGGGAAGAAAAGUCAAUGUCCAGGACCCUUACUACAACCCGCCCACCAUCCUGAGAGCCUCCAAAGUCCGCAAGAUCAACCCGUUCACCGCCCGGGAGGACCUGUGUGGCGGCAAGAUCAAGUUUUACGACGUGCCCAGCAAGUCUGUCUUCUCGCUGGUGUUCGACCUCCACUCGCCUCCCGGAAGUUUGUUCAGCAACCAGCCGCCUGCUCACGGACCUGCAGGAGCCCAGCAGGAGGUGUCUUAUUACUGGCAGCAGCUGCCAGGAAGACAGUGUCACUCUUUACCGGUGUCACCCCAACUCCCCCGAUCCGAGAUCUUCCACCUCGCCACUGCUGUCAGCUCCAAUAACAACGGUUCUGUUACUUGUAACUCCGGUCAGCUGCCAUCGACUCUUCCAGUUGCUAACUCCAAGUCCGACGCAGGCCUGAUGGAGAAUGACAUCCGUCAGAAGGUAGUGCUGAGCGGCUGGGCGAAGAAAUACGUCGUAGUCGAGAUCCCACCUUACUGCAGGCAGAGAGGAGGGGAGGACGGUGAAGGGGAGGCGGCCGGGGGGAUGGAUGUGUUUGGGGAGAGCUGGUCUCCGAUGGUCCUCAGCAGCGACAGAGACAGUGGGGAGGUGAUGGACUGUUCCAGCAGCCUGGAGGAAGAGGAGGGACGAGGAAGAGGGACGGACACAAUGUAACACACAUGGAAGUGACGGUGGAAAGAUGUGGAGGUUUUGGACCUGGGAGGACACGGAGGCAGCAGAAAAUGGAUUUCAAACCGACCCGAAUAGACGCAUGCACAAAGAUUUUGUAUGAAUAAAAGGAAAAAAGCACUUGAUUUUUAUCUUUCAAGUGUUGAAAGAACUAGAUUUUUCAGAGCUCUCACCCAAGCGUGACAGUCCCCAGUUAGCACAUUCAUCAACACAAUAGACACUCUGCAGAGACAUUAUUUUUCUGAAAAGGUUGUUUAUAUUUAAUACUGUGAGAUGUAGAUAUAUUUUUUCCCUUUAAAGGUUUCCUGUGGUCCGUGUUUCGUCUGUGAUGAGGGAUAUUGAAGAUCCCUAUUGUUGUGUGUGAUUUUUUUAAAAAGUCUGUUUUGAUACUUAACAUGUUCAUUGAAACAAAUACUAAAUCAAAAAAAACAAUCCCAUAUCUUUCUGAUUUAUGAAACCGUGCGCUGAUUUUCAGGAGAAAAAAUUGUGCUGAAAAAACUCGCGUAACCUCAGAUUUUACACCAACCACCAUUUCUACACUAAAUUCACAAAUGAUUUUGUGCAGCUCAUCCCUUUUAGUUAUUUAUUCAAUAAGAUAAACAUUCACAGUCCAUGACUGUAAGUGUGUCUUUAUGAACUCUUUAAGGACCUUUCUGAUGGUUUUGGCAAUAUUUGGCCCACUUACUUCAAAAGUACAGCAGUUUGGUAGCACUUGAAGACAACGCAGUCGUUUCACAUCAUCAGCCACCUUUCCCUUCCUCUCAGUUGCUAACUCCAAGUCCGACGCAGGCCUGAUGGAGAAUGACAUCCGUCAGAAGGUAGUGCUGAGCGGCUGGGCGAAGAAAUACGUCGUAGUCGAGAUCCCACCUUACUGCAGGCAGAGAGGAGGGGAGGACGGUGAAGCGCAAAUCCAUGAGAUGAGUUAAUCACAGAAGAGCCAUCGAGAUAUUAAAUCCAGAAACCAAACUGUCAGGAAACAAGGACAUUGUAAAAAUCACAUCAUAAUGUUUUUGUUUUCAAUGUAAAAGCUUGAAUUUCAUGAGUCAGAAUUGACUUUUCAAAGCCGUCCGUUCUUGCAAUUCUGUUGAGAGUGGUGAUAAAAUGGUCAAAAAAUGAAGCCAAAAAACAGCUAUGUUGACUUACCACUCUAAAAAAAGAUGAAAGCUACACACAGCUACUUUUAAAAGACAUAACAAUCAUCAAAAUUUUGACUUUAUUAACAAUUGAAUGCAAUCCCAUUUCAAUGCUCUCAAUAGCCUCACCUGGUCUGGUUAUUACCAAAAGAUUAUCGUGGCUAACUUGAAAUUAAAUGUAAAUUACACAUGACAUGCACACAAAAAGCUAAUCCACAGUCAAAUAUUUCUAGAGACAGUGUUAUAGAACGAGGUUGCCAUGUUUGUAUUAACAUGCAGAGGCAUUACUGGUCUGACUAAAAGUGUCAAAAGCGCCAACAGAUUUAAUUAAACCCGAAUUACAGCUUCCUAAAUUCAAAGCAAACCCUUAACUUACCUAAAAACUCAAGUGAUAAGUUAUUUCACUUGGAAGCAGCAGGAGUUGAUAUGGUUGAAUAACCUUUUGAAAAUAGAGAAACAGCACAACCUGGUGUUCCACUCUUUUCCAAUCAGAGGGCCUCGUGUUCUGUGAGAAACGUUUAAGCCACUAAAAAUCAACACAAAUGAUCAGUAUUUAUUAAAUGCUAUUGUUCUUUGAAGUAAUUUAUCGAUUUAUUAAAUUAUACACGUGAUGCUAUGAAGUGGUUUUCUGUGGAAACUCCGUAUGUGGUAGCUGCUAACAUCUGGUUUAGUUUCAUUAAGAUCUCACGUCAUAUUUUUCACUCCGUUUAAUGUCUGAAUUAGUGCAAUAAUUUGCUCUGUCAUUGCUAUUUCCGUACAUUUCCUCUUGAAUGAGUAUUAUAAUCGUUGUAAAUGUUUAUCAGAACAGUUUUCAGUGUACAAACUCAAUGAAAUUAGCUUGACAUUGUUCAACAUGUUUGCCUCGACUCCCCAGCACUUCAUUUACUUUUCUUCCAUUCUGCUGAUCGGAUGACUUCAAUAUGAACUAAAAUGCACAUAUACAGUGACCUAUACAGCAUACAACGCUCUCUUAUCACUACUUUUCUAUGCAACUUGUAUCAGGUUUUUUUUUGCAGGAUAAUGGAUCUAAUUUGAUAUUUAUGACAAAAAACAAAACAUUUAAUGUCUUACCUUUGUACAUUUGUGUAAAAAGAUUGUUACUCGCUUUGUUGAAACAGAUUGAGAUGUUUUUUUUUGUUUUUUUCUGAUAGAAUAACAAAAGCUUACCUGAGGUUUA